GCACAGCGACGGCCGAGUGUCCCACUGGCUACGAGGUCGUUGGGUCCAAGUGCAUCCACCUCCAGCAUGGUGCCAAACUCUCGUACGACCAGGCGGUCGCCUACUGCCUUCAGCGCUUCGGCAGGCUACCCGUCCUCCAUGACGUGGCCGCCUUCACUGACGUCGCCACUUUUGUCAACGAUGGAUACUCAUCAAACACGAAGAGCGGCUACUGGUUAGGCGCGACCAAUUCAACUGCUACGCACGUCUGGCAGUGGAGCGAUGGCUCGGCUGUGCAGAUGGGCGCUCCGUUCUGGGCUUACAAUGCUCCAUCGAAAGGGAUAUUUGAACCCAAUGGCGGGAGAACGGAGGACUGUGCCGGGAUCUAUUCCUCUCGGGACUGGGCGGUCCAUGACUUACCAUGUAACACCAACUGGAAUCCUGUGUGCUCGAGAAAUCCAGUGAAUGGCUUGUGCGCACAUCCGUUUGGUUUGGUGGGCACGCAGUGCGUUCACGUAAUUCUCAAAGAACACAACUGGACUGACGCGCGCACUCAGUGUGGAUUGGUCGGUGGAGACUUGGUCAUUCUAGAUGACUACGACAAGUACAGGAAACUGUUCCUCUACUUCCAGCAGCGUAUAGAUUGGAAUCUAAGCGCACUGUGGAUUGGCGGCUCAGACCUAGCCGUGCAGGGACAGUGGCGCUGGGUUGAUGGUUCGAAGAUGGCCAUGGGGUUGCCCUACUGGGGGACGGUGGACGCUUGUGGUUCAAUCGUUCAUGUUUUUCAUCUCAAAAAGCACAUUUCUCAAAAUCAAACCACAUAUCACUCCACUUAUCAAAAAUAG